AUGAAUGAUAAUAUUAAACCGGUCGAUGAUCAAAGUCUGAAUAGCUUUGAGUCGGCCCUUCCAAUACAGACAGAGUCUGAUGCCAACUCUGCAAUUUCUAGUAAUGAGCCUGCAACUGCAGUUACCAACACCAAGAAAGAACCAGAUGAUAUUGUUACUACACUCGAAGCAAGUGGUGAAAAUUUAAAAGUUUCUGAUAAAGGAAAUGCUAGUUUUGUUUCUGAUGAUGAUAAACCUUUAGACAGUAAUGAUAAGUCAAAACUCGAGACAGAAACAACCCCCAAGAGUGUAACCAAUCCAAUUAAUAAAAGCGAUGCUGCGGAAGCUCUUUCACCUUCUCUUGAGCCACAUUCUACAGAUGAUAGUGAUUAUGAGCCUUCUACAAAUCAAGCCAUUUCUUCUAUACCUGGUUCUGUAACAGUAGUCCCAUCUGUUUCAAUAAGUUUGGAGGAAGUCGUGGAGCCAGCACUAUCAGUUACAGAAAAACCUAUUAGUGAUGAUUCUACAAAAGAAGUGGAUAAACAAGGAGCAAAAGCUGUUGAAAAGACUGAUCUUGAAAUAACGACUGAAUCUACAUUUAAUUCAGAUAGGGAUCCGGCACAAGCAGAAAUAAAGGCAACACCCGAAUUAACAGAGGAACUGGCGGCCAAGGAAUCAACAGUUCCUACUGGUGAAAAAGUCUUAAAUAAUACCCUUAAAUCCACGGAGGAGAAUACUAGUGAAGUAACAGUGGAUUAUAAUGAACAAGAAAACUCGAUACCAACUGAAAAGGCCAUGGAUGAUAUUGAUAGAGCACUUAAUAAUGAGGAUGUUGUAUAUUCAUCAGAUGAGGAAGGUAGGAUUUCUUUGCCACAUGCUAGUUCUGUAAAUGAUUUAUCUUCUAAAGUCAAUAUCGAAAAGAAAGAAACUGAUUCUUUGUCUGAUUCUUCUUCGGAUUCCUCUAGUUCAGAUUCUGAUUCAGAUUCCGACUCGGAAGAUUCUGAGGUCGAAUCUGAGGCAGGUUCCAAUGGCGAUGAUGCUGAAGCUGAAGAUGAGUUGAGUCAAAGCAAAACUAAUAAACGGAAAAAUAAAAAGGGAAAUGCUGAUAGAGCCGAUUUUGAGGAUGAUGAAGAUGACUAUGAUUCUAAUGAGCCUUUAAAGACUAUAAAUGAAAUAGUUGAUGAGCCAGCACCUAAACUACCUGAAAGUUUGGUAUUAAAUGAAAACACACAAAUUGAGUAUGCCGGUACAGUUUUUACAGUAUCCGAAAAGUCAUUAGUUAUUUCAGCGGGUGUGUCGGGCGAGUUUCGUAUUCUUAAUGAGAAUUCAGUUUUUUGUUUUGAAGAUAGAACACCAAUUGGUGUUCUUUAUGAAACAUUUGGUCGCAUUCAGUCACCGAUGCAUAUGGUUAAGUUUGAUAGCCCAGAACAGGCACUACCAUUUAAGUCGAGGAUUGGGGAAAAGGUUUAUUAUAUUGUUUCGAACUCAUCUUUCAUAUUGACUGACACCAUCAAGAAAAUAAAAGGAUGUGAUGCAAGCAACAUUCAUGACGAAGAAAUCCCGGAAGAGGAACAGGAGUUUUCCGAUGAUGAAAAGGAACGUGAAAGAAAACAAAAACAAAAACAAAAUAAAAAGAAGAAAAAAAGAAGUAAAAAGGGAAAUAAUACUAAGAAUGGUAUGCUACCUGAAGAUGCAGACAAUGACGCAGUUACCUCUAGUGACAAUGUCACUGGUAGCAGUGUACCUCAAACAAGCCAGAAGCGUCAGAAUGAUUUACAAGAUUCUCAAGAGCAACCAAAUCGCAAACAACGAAGAUCUAAUAACUAUAAAAAUGGAUUUCCCAAUCGAAUGCAAGAGUACAAUCAACCAGUUACUCUGGGAUCUUUUCCACAACAACCAUAUUCAUCUCAGCAGCAAUAUCAACAACAAUAUGAUGGAAGACCGAUGGGCUAUGGGCCACAACCAACUCCUGGUCCAUAUUGGGGCCCAGCUGGAGGAUCUAAUGGUUCAAUUUCAGCUAAUCAAAUACCACCUGAGCAACUUCAAUUAUUACAGCAAUUAGCAUCACUUCAAAACCAGCAGCAAAGUGGAUACAAUUAUGGGAAUUCUGGGCUUAAUUAUGUAAAUAAUGGAGGAAAUAUGGGUUAUCAAAUGCCCUCGAUGAACAUACCUAAUGCAGCAUCAUUGAUUAUGAAUGCAGUAGGGUCUAAUAACAUUUUGGCCUCGCUUGGGCUUCAAAAUCAAGUCCCUCAUUAUAGUCAGCAACAACAACAACAACAACAACAACAACAACAACAACAACAACAACAACAACAACAACAACAACAACAACAACAACAACAACAACAACAGCAACAGCAACAGCAACAGCAACCUCAAUAUAAUAACUCUUCUGGAAGUUAUGGCAUGCAACCUAAUGAAGAUGAUGUAGAUGAGAAUUGA